AUUGAAGUCUCAAUUUACGCAUUCUGUUUUGCUUUUGAGUUACAAAUACAAUCAUCAUGAAGUUUUUGCUGCCGUUUUUCAUUUUAACUUUAAUUCCAAAACAACCCGGAAAUUGUGUGGUCAAAACAAUUUUAACUAUUGCGAACGAAAAUCUUGAUUUUGACACUUUAUUUCCUCAAGUGACUGAAGAGGUGAAAGUAGCACUUGUUAAUAUAACAGCUGGGUUACCGCAGUGUCUGGAUUCGAGUACGUUCCCUUCCCUCGGCUGUGAAAAUGAAAUAGGCGGCGGAAGUGACGUGAUGUCAAGUGUAACAUAUUUAUCGUGCUUGUUAAAGAAAGUUUGUUUCAAAAUUGAUACGGCUAAUUUAGUUAAAGUGGUUGAAUGUCUUUCAAUAUUAACUACAGGUAGAGUAAGGUUCAUCUUAGAAAAUACUAAAAGAAAUGUUACAGCAAAAAUAUACAAAUGUCUUAUUGUUAUUUACGUCGAUAGCCGUGCUGGACUUACAAACUGUGAUUUGAUUGAUUCCAUUCUAGCAAUAAAUAUUCAAUCUGCUUUAGAAAAUAUAAAUACAAAUAUUAUCAAUAAAUUAAAAGGCGAUUUCGAAACAUUGUUAAAAAUUCUUAGUGGAGAUAUGGAAGCAGAUUGUAAAUUUACAAUUAACGGAGAAAUGUGGAAAGGAAAUGGAAGGUUUGGAUUUGUAAUUGUUGACGAGGACGGAAGAAUUAACNUAGAAUUUAUUUUAAAGAUUGAAUCAGUUAUGGAAGCAUACGUUAACGGAGAAAUGUGGAAAGGAAAUGAAAAGUUUGGAUUUGUAAUUGUUGACGAGGACGGAAGAAUUAACGAAGUAAGUAAUAACUUAUAUUAUUCGUUCGAGGACUGUUCGGAUGUUAUGAACGAAGUUUAUGUUGAAAAGAACAAGAAGAAUAUAUUAAUAUUUAGAGAGAUAAACUGUGGAUCAAAGCAUUAUAAAUUUACUAAAGUUCAUAAAAUCGACUGA